AUGUCUGGCUUCCGCAGCGCAUCGGGCGCUUCGACGCCCUCGGAGGUCACCCCAUCCUCCUCCUUCGGCUCCCUCACACCCUCGCGCCGCGCUCCGCCGGUGCCGAACAGCAAGCACAACGACCCUUUUCUGCCGCCUCUGUCGGCCUACCAAAACGCCGGCGGUUCUGCUCCAGCCCCGGGACAAGGCGCGGGCGGCGGUUCCUACACUGGACCGCUGCGUCCUGCCGGCCCCGGCGCGGCGGGCGGAUCCUCGUUCGGCUCGGGUUCCGGCUGGCAGGCCGCCGGGCCGGGCGCGACGACGAGCAGCACCAGCGUCGUCCGCAAAGGCUACGUCAGCGUCAAGGAGGAUGGCAUCCGCUCGUGGAUCUGGAGCAAGCGGUGGCUGGCGCUGCGAGAGCAGACGCUCACGUUUCACAAGAAUGAGACCACGUACCAAGCGGCGGCGCUCAUCUUCCUCAAGGACAUCAGCAACGUGACGCGCACGGAUCUCAAGCCGUACUGCAUCGAGAUUGAGACCAAGGAAAAGACCUACUACCUCCAGCUGAAGAACGACGAGGAGCUGUAUGGCUGGAUGGACGACAUCUACUCGCGCUCGCCGCUGAUGGGAGUGUCGUCGCCCACCAACUUUGUCCACCAGGUGCACGUCGGCUUCGACCCCAUCAGCGGCGCGUUCACGGGCCUGCCCGAGCAGUGGUCGAAGCUGCUCACGACGUCGGCCAUCACGCGCGAGGACUACGAAAAGAACCCGCAGGCGGUUCUCGACGUGCUCGAGUUCUACACCGACAUCCAGAAGCGCGAGCGCGACGACUUUGGGCUGGGCAGUUCGACCAUGAACAUGCAGUCGGGCCGCGUGCCCAACGACACGGGCUCGUCGGCCUCGGCGGCCAGAUUCAACGCCGGCACGGGCUACGCCGGGAGCGCUGGCGCCGCCACCGAUCCGGGCUUUGGCAAGGAGGCGGCGGCCAGCGCUGCCAACAGUGGCUUUAAGCCAUCCGCGGGCUUCAAGCCGCUCAGCGGCGUCAGCUCUGCGACCGCCACGAGUGGCUCCUCUGGCUUCCGACCGAGCGACCCGAGCCGGCGACCCUCGGAAGACGGGCGGCCAAGCCUGUCGUCGCAGCCGCGCUCCAACGAGCGGUCGUCCAAGGACAUCGAUCCCGUCCGGGCUCUCAACGUCAAGACAAAGGAGCUCAAGCUGUCGUCAGAGGCAACGGCUGCUUCGUCGUCCUCGUCUGUGCCGUCCUCUUCGCGGCCUGCCGUCGAUGCGAAGCCAUCGGGAGCAGCUGCGGCGGGGGCGGCACCUGCGGCCAGCAAGCCUUCGGCUGCGCCGCCGAACGCUGCGGCCGCGCCUGCGACCGUCAAGCCGCUGCAGACGGCCAAGAAGGCGGAUGCGCCCAAGACGGCGCAGCAGAAAGAGGCGGAGCGGCGGAUCAGCACGAUGAGCGAGGCGCAGAUCAUGGAGAAGCUGCGGAGCGUCGUGAGCCCCGACGACCCCAACCUCCUCUACAGCAAGAUGAAGAAGGUCGGCCAGGGCGCGUCGGGCUCGGUGUUUGUGGCCAAGACCCUGGCGACGGGCCAGCGGGUCGCCAUCAAGACGAUGGACCUGUCGAUGCAGCCGCGCAAGGAGCUCAUCGUCAACGAGAUCCUCGUCAUGAAGGAGUCUCAGCACCCCAACAUUGUCAACUUCCUCGACUCGUUCCUCGUCCGCAACAACGAGCUGUGGGUCAUCAUGGAGUACAUGGAGGGCGGCGCGCUGACCGACGUCAUCGACAACAACACGCUCGAGGAGGACCAGAUCGCGGCCAUCUGCUUCGAGACGUGCAAGGGCCUCGAGCACCUGCACAGCCAGAGCAUCAUCCACCGCGACAUCAAGUCGGACAAUGUGCUGCUCAACGCCUCGGGACAGGUCAAGAUCACCGACUUUGGCUUCUGCGCCAAGCUGACGGACCAGAAGAGCAAACGCGCCACGAUGGUCGGCACGCCCUACUGGAUGGCGCCCGAGGUGGUCAAGCAGAAGGAGUACGGCGCCAAGGUCGAUAUCUGGUCGCUCGGCAUCAUGGCCAUCGAGAUGAUCGAGAACGAGCCGCCCUACCUCGACGAGGAGCCGCUCAAGGCCCUCUACCUCAUCGCCACCAACGGCACGCCCACCCUCAAGAAGCCAGAGACGCUGUCCAAGGCGCUCAAGUCGUUCCUCGCAGUCUGCCUCUGCGCCGACGUAAAGAGCCGCGCCAGCGCCGACGAGCUGCUCCAGCACGCCUUCCUCAAGAUGGCCUGCCCGCUCUCGAGCCUCGCGCCGCUCCUGCGCUUCAAGAACAGCCGCCCCGACCGUUGA